AUGGAGUUGGAGCCUAUUUCGAGCUGUUGCUCAUCGUCGUCUCCAUCGGUUCCGUCCUCUUCCUCGUCUGGGGAAGAUGCGGCGAACAUGACGGAGCUGGAGGCGGCAGAGGCAUUGGCGGAUUUGGCGCAGCUCGCGAUAAUGCGAGAGCAGGUUUUCGAAUCCGCGGCGAGCUGGGGGAGUAAAGGGAAACGAGUGAGGAAACGAGUCAAGACCGAGUCUCCUCCAUGUGACUCGCGCCUGAAACCGGCUGACACCGAAACAUUACCUACUCCGGAUCUCGCUGAGGAACGAGCAGUGAAAGAAGAAGAGGAAGAAGUUCAACCAAUUAGUAGAGAACUAACUAAAGUUCCGGUUAAAACCGAAAUAAAUGGUGAGACACCUAAACCAAAUCUUGCUUCAACACUAAGGUGUAGUAGAUCAAGUGGUUGUGGCCGUUCAAGGCAGAAUUUAAGCGAGGCUGAAAGAGAAGAACGUAGAAUCCGAAGAAUAUUAGCUAACAGAGAAUCUGCUCGGCAGACAAUUCGACGAAGACAGGCAAUGUGCGAGGAGUUGAGUAAAAAAGCAGCCGAUCUGACAUAUGAGAAUGAGAAUCUAAGGAAGGAAAAGGAUUGGGCCUUGAAAGAGUUCCAGUCAUUGGAGACGAUUAACAAGCAUUUAAAAGAACAGGUAUCGAAGUCAGUAAAACCCGAUACAAAAGAAACGCCCAAGCCAUCUCAAGUUGAGAUGUCUGCAUCACCUGCUCCGUUUUACUUCUACAACCAGAAUCCGUACCAGCUUUUCUGCUGGCCCCCUGUUACUCAAUCCUCGAAUCCGAUGAUAUCACCGCCCGAAACCAGAAACGGCUUCGCGGCACCGUUCGCCACCUCCGGAGGAGCUUCUGCUAAAACCAUGACCACCUCGCAGGAGCAUGAAAAUCCUGCAGAUGAUAACGGGCCGAAAACUCAUUUUUACGUCGUGCCAUGCCCUUGGUUUCUCCCUGCUCCUGAUCAGAGCAACGGUGUCCCCUUCGCGUUCCAAGAUCCACAAAGAGUUGUUUCUUCGAACGGUCACCAUAUUGAUGAUUCCUCUGCGAAACUCGUUGAGGUCACAAAGACUCUGCGGUCUCAUUUACCGGCUAGAAUCAAAGAAGAGGACUCCGGUUCGACGGAGACAAGACCCUUGUAUGAUCUCAACGAAUCUGCAACUGAAGUCCUCUCAGAAGCUGGGGAUGGUGUUCCUGCAACACAACAAGGUCACAGUUUGAAGCAUGAAGAUAUUUCUGACUCAACUAAUGGAGCCACGCCGAUGCCGCCUGGUCACCAUGUUUUGAUUUCUCUACCGGGGAAAAAGCAAGGCUCUUUGGCCGCAGCGGAAGCCAGAAAGAGACGGAAGGAACUCACGAGGCUCAAGAGCCUCCAUGGCCGUCAAUGUCGGAUGCAAGUAUGA